AUGCGCUCUUCUAUCGUCAGCCUCGCCCUCUUGGUGUCUCUCGUCUCGUCUGUUGCUGCCCUCCAGGCCGGCACCGCCCCCAGGGCCGAGAUCAACCUCAUCUCUCGACAAGACGACGUAUCUACCGGCGACGGAUCUGACGACACUGGAUCCACCGAUGAUGGCUCGAACGACGACGAUUCUUUUGAUGACGGUUCUGAUGAUGACGAUGGUUCAGAGGAUGUGGACAGCGCCGUCGAGUCCGCCACCUCCUCCUUUGCAACCGGUAUCGAGUCGAUCACCUCUGAUGUUGAAAGCUUCGGGACCGCUGGGGCUAGCAGUGCGGUCUCUGCUGCCUCGGCAUUGACUUCGGAGGCUGCCAGCGGUGCUUCUUCCAUCACCUCUGGGGCUACCUCGGCAGCGUCUGUAGCUCGAGGUGCCGGCAGCUCUAUCUCGAGCGUCGCUACCAGUGUCGCUUCUCAGGCUAUUAGCAAGGCGACCAGCGCAGCCUCUUCGGCGCACUCGGUUGCUACGAGUUUGGCUUCUGGCGCAUCUGCCAGUGCAUCCGACAUGGCUUCUUCCAGCUCGGCCAACUCUAUCCAGGCGGGCAGGCUCGAGAUGGCCAUGGGUGUCGGAGCUGCUGUCAUCCUGGGUGCUGGUCUCGUCUUUGUCUAG